CUCGAAUCAAGUUUGAUACCGGGUUCGAACUUUAACUCGAGUCCCUCGAUUAGUUGGGAUUGAGAGUGGCGGAAAAUCUUGUAGUUGCGUUUGAGUCAUUUUACGCCAUAUUUCGUGAUUUUUCUUUUUCUUUUUGGGUCAUCAACAUUCAGCACCAUCUCUGCUAAAAAUUUUCAAUCUCAACGCCUCCAUUUUCAAAGCAAUAAACAUGCCGCAGAACGAUUUUCAGUCUCCAGCUGCAAGUCCUUCCCCCCAACCAUGGACAUACCUUGAAUUUAACGGCGCUUUUGAUCCCCGUUGCCUUGCAGAGGGGGCAACUAUUCUUGCGCAUCAACCACUUUGCGAUGCAUCUCGCGUGAAAAUCAUGCCCGCAAUCGAGACCAGCAAUCUUAUCAUGGUCUCUAAACUGAUCAUCUUUCAGUCUCAGAUUCUUACUGAUAAUCUCUUCACACAGCCCUUCAUCUCCUUUUUCCUCUACUUCUCGAGCAUCAAGAAUCAAAGAGCCCUCACUGACCAUGGACGAGUAGUUUCCGUUUACUCGCGGGCCCGAAAAGCUUGCAGAGGGGCCCGUAAACUGAUUGCGGUUUACAUCAGCAUAAAUGUUGCUAAUGUGUGA